CGACAGAACUUCUUCUUCCGGUUCCUCUUCUUCUCCCUAUAUAUAUCAAUUCAGCAUGCCAUCCUUCUUGAGCAAUGCAGAAAUUAAAGAUCUCGGUAAAAGUUUAAACACGGCCAUAUCUGAGAAUCGCUCAAAGGAUGCUCUCAAGAUAUUGGAGGAUCUACAAAAAGGAGUGAAACCGACAGAAGAAGUGAUUCGAGCGACAAAGAUCGGACAAGCAGUUGCAAAGAUACGUUCUGUCGAUGAUAAAAAUAUUUCUCAAUUAGCAAAAGACUUAGUGCGAACUUGGAAAAGUAAAGUCGACUCACAGCGAGAGGCAAAGAAGAAGGAUUCCCCCAUCGCUUCUGCUUCACCUUCCACUGCUGUCGCAUCGCCUGCAACGCCUGCUGUGCCUUCUUCAGGCAACAAAACGACAUUGAACUUUGAAGUUCUUAAUGAUCGUACACGUGAUGCAUGCCUCAAACUAAUCUUUCAAUCUCUAGAGAUGAAUUCUUCCGAUUCUCAACUGAUAUACGAAAGAGCGAUGGCGAUCGAAGCAUCCGUUUUGAAAAUUGUCGGAAAAGGUCAGGUAACGGGAGAUUAUCGUUCAAAAGUUCGUAGUCUGACAUUGAACUUGAAGGAUAAAAAGAAUCCUGCUUUACGUGCCAAUGUAGUUUCUGGAUCAAUCUCAAGCGACCAGCUCGUUACCAUGUCCGCUGAAGAGAUGGCAUCAGAAGAGCAAAAAGCUGAAAGGAACGCAUUACAAAUGCAAAAUCUGUUCAAUGCAAAAGGAGCGGAAGCCCAAGAAGCGGAGACGGAUGCAUUCGAAUGCGGCAAGUGCAAGAAGCGAAAAUGUCGAUAUUAUCAAAAGCAGACACGUUCAGCUGAUGAACCAAUGACGACAUUUGUUCAAUGUACUAAUUGUGGAAAUCGUUGGAAGUUUUCUUGAGAAAAGGGCAAAUUGAGUCGGAAGAGUUACCAAAUUGUACAAAAGUUGUAUUUCUACCUUAAUCAUUUCAAAAAGUAUUUAACUUCAAGCCAUUGAGGAUAAAGUAUGGUGAAGUAAGGCCUUAGUUUCCAAACAAAGCUAUAGGGAAGCUU